UCGCCGCGCAAGAACAAGUAUGCCUUCGCCUGUGCCAUCUUGGCCUCCAUGACCUCCGUUUUGCUAGGAUACGACGUAGGCGUGAUGAGCGGGGCAAUCAUUUUUGUUGUGGAGGAACUAAAGAUAAACCAUGUGGAGGUGGAGGUCUUGAUGGGGGUCAUCAAUCUGUACUCGCUCGUCGGGUCAGCGAUGGCGGGGCGAACCUCCGAUUGGAUCGGCCGGCGCUACACCAUUGUGUUGUCCGGGGCCAUCUUCUUCGCCGGGGCCCUUCUCAUGGGCUUAGCCCCCAACUACGCCUUCCUCAUGUUCGGUCGCUUCGUCGCCGGCAUCGGCGUCGGCUACGGCCUCAUGAUAGCCCCUGUCUACACCGCGGAGGUCUCCCCCCCCGUCUCCUCCCGCGGCUUCCUCACCUCCUUCCCGGAAGUGUUCAUCAACCUUGGCGUUCUCCUUGGCUACAUUUCCAACUAUGCCUUUUCCAAGCUUCCCCUCAAACUUGGGUGGCGUCUCAUGCUCGGCGUGGGAGCAAUCCCCUCGGUCAUGCUCGCCUUGGGGGUCCUUGCCAUGCCGGAGUCCCCCGGGUGGCUCAUCAUGCACGGUCGCCUAGCCGAUGCAAAGCGGGUUCUUGACAAGACCUCCAACUCCAAGGAUGAGGCCGCGCUCCGACUCGCGGAUAUCAAGGAGGCUGCCGGCAUUCCUGCAGAGUGUUUUGACGACGUCGUCAAAGUCACCAAGCGGAGCACCGGGGAGGGCGUCUGGCGGGAUCUCCUCCUCCACCCAACCCCAUCUGUUCGGCACAUCCUCAUAUGUGCCGUCGGAAUCCACUUCUUCCAACAGGCCUCCGGCAUCGAUGCCGUCGUCCUCUACAGCCCUAGCAUCUUUGAGGAGGCCGGCAUCACUUCCUCCGACAAAAAGCUCCUAGCCACCAUCGCAGUAGGCUUCGUAAAAACAAUAUUUAUCCUCGUCUCCACCUUCCUCCUCGAUCGGGUCGGGCGGCGGCCAUUAUUGCUUAGCAGCGUCGGUGGGAUGAUCGUCUCACUCUCCACCCUUGCCGCGUGCCUCACCAUCAUCGGCCGCAGCCACACAAAUCUCAAGUGGGCAAUCGCCAUGUGCAUCGCAUCGGUGUUGUUCUUCGUGGCCUUCUUCUCCAUCGGGCUGGGGCCAAUCGCAUGGGUGUACAGCUCGGAGAUCUUCCCACUGAGGCUACGUGCGCAGGGGUGCGCAAUCGGCGUCGCCAUCAAUCGGGUGGCGAGUGGAGUGUUGGUGAUGACGUUCUUGUCACUCUCUAAGGCAAUCACCAUCGGCGGGGCCUUCUUCUUGUACACGGGGAUCGUGUGCGCUUCGUGGGUGUUCUUUUACGUGCUGAUGCCGGAAACUCAGGGGCGGACCUUAGAGGAGAUAGAUCAGUUCUUUGGUAAAUACACCAAAUGGAGGUCCACGAAGAGGGAGCUGGAGAUGCGAAGGAACAAAGCGGUGGUCAACAAUGGUGGAGGCAGCGGCGAGCGGCAUUCAGUGUAA